UGUCCGACUGUGGGAUAAAAAUAAAGUUUUUAUAAUAUUUUUACAUAAAGAAGAACUUUAUUGAUCCCCGAGGGGAAAUUCAAUUUUUCACUCUGUUAUAUACAGGAAACACACACACACGCACAAACAGGACCUAUAUACAUGCGUUAAGGAGAGAGUUGUCAGAGCGAGGGGCCUGCCCCUGACAGGCGCCCCGAGCAGAUGGGGGUUUGGUGGGCAGUGCCCAAAAGGCAAACUGGCAUCUCUCCAGCAACCAGUUCACGCUCAGUACUUUGUCCAUGUGGGGAAUUGAACCGGCAACCCUCCGGUUCCCAAGCCAAGUCCCUAUGGACUAAGCUACUGACACCCCAGAGAGAUGUAAGAGCGAGGGGGCUGCCGCUGACAGGCGCCAAAAGCAUAUAUACAUUUAUAAGACAAUCCUGAUUUCAGGAUCUAAAGGGGUCAUAAGAUCAUGACUGGACUAAAGAACUAAAAAAAUGUCUCUAAUAAUGGGCAUUUUCAGAAUCAGAAUCAGAAAGGCUCAUUGAUUCACGUGUUCAAUAGAAGAGCUACUGUAGCUCAAAUUGCUGAAGAAGUUAAUGCUGGUUCCAAUAGAAAGGUGUCAGAACACACAGUGCAUCGCAGUUUGUUGCGUAUAGGGCUGCGUAGCCGCAGGCCAGUCAGGUUGCCCAUGCUGACCUAAUGUUAUGGCUGAUCGGUGUAUAUACAAGUAGACAUAGUCACAAGUAGACAUGGCUAUGUAUCAAGCAGUCACAAGCAAAAAAAGGUUGGGAACCACUGCCAUAAAUCACCCUGCUAGAUUGUGCUUCUCUCUUCAAACAAUACAUGUACAGCUGUGCUACAAUAAAACAUACAAGACUUUGUACUUUAGUAUCGAGGUCAGAUGAGUAGGGUGUAGCAUAGAGAUGCCUCAGAACACCAAGACUUAUAUAAUAUAUCUCUUGAUAGAAACCAUUUUUAUUACUCCUAAUAAAUAAACAUCAUUAAGUCAUUAUAGUAAAACAUGUGUCCUGAGUCCUAAAACAAAAUUUAAUAACAAUCCUAAAGUAGAUAACUAGCAAUGCAUGCUUGAAAUUACUUUCAAUAAAGCAGCACACAUUGGUAGAAGGCAAAACAAUGCAAUGGAAAUAUCUAGUUGGAGUACUCCAGAAAUAAUAAAAAAAAAACAUUAUUAAAAAAUAGUUUUUCCCCUUUUAGGCAUGUUAUCACAAGCAUCACAAGCUACCGCAAUGAAACUCCUUGACCUCAGCGUGUCCUAUGAUCUGGCACACAUACAGUAUUGCAAAUAAGUCACAGUAAAUCUUGCUUACAGACGUCAUACAGCAGCAUGUGUUUGCAUAGUAGUUGACAAGAAAAUGAUUAUAUGUGUGUAUGAAAUAUCUCAGUGCAUUCACUUUGAUUUAUUCUACUUUAUCAGGGAAUUUUUCAUUCCUGUAAAUGUACUGCUCUUAUUCUGGCACUACUAGUGACUGAUCUGUUCAGUAAGUGGCUCCGAUCCUCUCCGCAGAUUCAGGUGUUAUUUCCAGUGAUUUUUCUUUCAGGAUAUAUCCGAACAUUUUGUUCAUAAAGUAGAACUGCAAAAAACCAUAAAGAGUGUACUCUUAAUCCAUUAGAAUUUAAUAAACUACAGAUAUUACUUCUAUCAAUCAAAACAUUGUUGUUAAUGUCAUAAUCAGCCAGUGGUUUCAGGGUCUGGGAGUAAAUUGCUUUUAAAUCUCCGGCAGCAGAUGAACUCCGCCCAUUACUGAUCUCAUUGAAGGGGAGCCGGCAUCACAGAUCCUCAGCGUCAGAUCAAGCCCAUAUAAAAAAGACGUACUCUCCACUUCAGCCACAACAGAUGACGGGAUCUCCUUGAGCCAGCACUAUCUGCAAUGUAAGUCUGCUUUAUGAAAUGUCUUCCAAGGGACUUUACUGUAAGAUUUUAUCCUAAAAUGUUAGUGGAUGAAGAAUUAUUUUUUAAAGAAUAGAUUUAUCUUUAAAAUCAUCUCAUGUGGGAAACUAUAUUCCUUUCCAUUUUUUUGUCUUUUUAAUACAAAGAAACAUUUCUCAUCAUUUUUCUCUGGUGUUUAUUUUCUCACUGACGAAGAGGAAAGAAGAUUUCUUUCAACAAAAUGAACUCAAUUCUCUGAUGCCGUGUUCUUGAAUGGAUGAUAUUAAUAGACUGCUGGGAAGCACAGAAAAGCACUGCUGUUUGGACAAUAUCACUGACAGCGCAGCUCAUCCUGAUGGGCUGUCUUAACUUCACCGGUGGUAAUGAGACUUUGCCUGGCAGGCACCCUUAUACUGUGCAGACCUCUGUGCCUUUAACGAUCCUGGUGGGCAUCCUCAUCCUGCUCACCGUGUUUGGCAAUGUCAUGGUGGUAAUCGCUGUGAUCACGAGCCGAGCCCUGAGAGCACCUCAGAACUUGUUUUUAGUCUCUCUGGCGUGUGCGGACAUCCUGGUUGCCACCUCUGUGAUGCCUUUCUCUUUGGCGAACGAACUGAUGGGUUACUGGUUCUUCGGUAAAGUGUGGUGUGAAAUCUAUCUGGCGUUGGAUGUGCUCUUCUGCACCUCGUCCAUCGUUCACCUGUGCGCCAUCAGCCUGGACAGGUACUGGUCCGUCUCUCGUGCGAUUGAGUACAACCUGAGAAGGACGCCGCGCAGGAUUAAAUGCACGGUCUUCAUAGUUUGGGUGCUGGCGGCUAUCAUUUCAUUCCCUCCGCUCAUCACGAUGAAAAAGGAUGAGGGUAAAGAGGACAGACCUGAAUGUAAAAUAAACGAGGAGAAAUGGUAUAUAAUAUUCUCCAGCACCGCCUCUUUCUUUGCGCCCUGCGUCAUCAUGAUUAUGGUGUAUGUUCGAAUAUAUCAGAUUGCCAAGAGAAGAACGAGAGCCCCGCCGGGUGAGCGGCAGAGAGGAUAUGACAAUCCAGAAGACACAAAAUGUGGUUUGGACCCCCUGGAGGGAAAAGACAGAGAAGGGAGGGAGGUGGAAGAGGGGGACGGUGGAGAGAUCAACGGGCUGGACCCGGAGGAAGAACCCUCCUCGUCUGAUGGGAAUGAAACCAUCCUGUGUUCCCUGAAGAAGAAGAGGGGUAUGAGAACAACCAAAGUGGCUCAGCUGAAGCCUGGAGAAACCUCUCCAAAGCCAGAGGCGCAGCCCUGCGUGAGAGUAAGCAAGUGGAAAGGGAGGCAGAACAGAGAGAGGCGCUUCACAUUUGUUCUGGCCGUGGUCAUGGGAGUGUUUGUUCUUUGCUGGUUCCCCUUUUUCUUCACAUACACGCUCACCGCUGUGUGUGACGCCUGCUGUGUCCCAGAGACAUUGUUCAAAAUGUUUUUCUGGUUUGGUUACUGCAAUAGCUCGCUAAAUCCUGUUAUAUACACUAUAUUCAACAAUGACUUCAGGAGGUCUUUUAAAAAGAUCCUUUGUAAAAGGGACAGAAGAGGGUUAUAGAUAAGAUUUUAUAUGUAUGCAUUUCAAAAACAGCAUUUUUAGUCAUCUAUAUUAAGGCUCCUAUCAGUGCAAAUAUUACAUUAAAAAGAUAUUUAUUGAAUAAAAAUGAAAAAAAAAUGUAGCAUGUUUUGCUUUUGUGUUUUUACAUGUGUGCUUCCACAUUAGUAAAUGUUUAUAAUAUUAAAUCAUGCAAAAAAAUAAUGUGCAGUUUGUUUUACAGCUAGUAUUACACUGUGACAACCGGUGAGUUUACAUUGUACAAUUGUGACAACAUGAAUGAUACAUUUUCUACCUGUAUGUGUUCAUUUGUAACAGUAUUUAAAUGUAUCAGAUAUCAUCUCUCAUUGUUUGGGUCCUCAUGCUUUGAACUUUAAAGGCUUAAAAGACUGUGAUUUAGACCACUGGUUCCCAACCUGCGGGUCCCGACCCCCACUAGGGGUAACCAAAGCUUAAUGGGGGUCGUGAGGCCUUCUUGAUUUUAAGACAACCUU